CAGGGUGCUUAGUUUUGUCGCAGUUGAGAGGCUGCUGUAUCCGCAUCGCCCUGUCAGGCUCAAAUGUUACUUCUAUUCUGGAUAUGCCCGCCUGCCUGUCAGGGCCGCUGCUCAUUCCUCAUCAUAGGCACUCCACUACUGCGCCUUACUCCGUGAUCAGUAGCCUACAACCUCAUGCUUCUUCAUCUUAGAUUGGAUUUGUAUGUCAGGGUUUAGCUUUUGUUCAGGGGAGAGGAGCUGCCGGGGUUUCGAUUGUAGGUGCGGUUGACUGUUUUGCAAAGGUUGGCGCAAUUGAGCAAAAACAAACGAACAAACACACAAAAAAAACAAUAAAACAAUGGUGCGGUGGUAGUUGAGGCCAUCUACUGCAGCCUGUUUUGCAGCGUUCACCAAAUCCUUGACGAGACUUAAGGGAGGGCAAAAAUGGGUGUGAAGCCGAUGAGUCCGAGUGCCAACUUCACUACCUAUCGCCUUCCGCCUCCGGGCAAGAACAACAUCACGAACGAUACGUUUGGUCACCACUCGUACAAUCUUCAUCGACCUAAAGCCAGUAGUGGUCUACUCCGGUUCCUGUUUUGCUCCCGGCCUUGCUUUCAGCAGUCAGUUGACAUCGACGAAGACAACACAUCUGCCGACGUGGAUGAGGAGAAUUUCUACAACAGCAACCUGGACACCGGCAGCAACGAUGUGGACUGGAAUGUUCGCAUGGAAUUACAGGCGGUUAUGCGUCACCUGGAAGUGCGGUGGCAGCUAUUCGACGAAGCGCUGUCCAGAUUUGGGGAUUUGGAGGCUAUGCUUGCCAUCUGUGCUGACCAAGUGAGAUGGAGGUAUCAGAAAGUUAACGGUGUGAGGGACGCUCAGGUUUCUGAGGAUCUUAAAUCCCUCAUAUCGAGAAAUCUUUCAAUGGAGGUGAGAAUCAACAGGAUCACGCAGCUCUCAUCUACUGGCGAGCUAGGAACCAGCAUCGACCAGGAUGGCUACUGGGGGCAGCUUCAGUCCAGAGACAGGGCGCGGGUUCAAACCGCUUUGGACUUUUUCUACCAAAGUAGAGGCGAAAAUGGAAUUGACAGUCUCCGGAGCUCAAGACCUGUAGUACUGGAAGAAGACAGCUAUGUUCUCUGCAAUCGAAGGGGUGAAGUGGUUGAAGAGGGAAACCAGGUUGUCCUAUGGGAACAGUACAAUGCAACAUGGUACAUCCGCGGUUGUGUGAGCUACCCGACAGCAAGCACCAAGUUGCAUGCAUGAAAGUCUAGAGCUGCAUCAGCCAGCUACUUCAAGCUCCAGAUAAUUUAUAAAAUUUUGCAGCUGUGUGUGUCGCAAGAGACACCUUAGUGUGCGGCAAAGUCAUUCUUGUGCACAGAACAAGGUCCAGGAUCUGAGCUUCCAGUCGGUGGUUGAUGCGGUUCGCUUUUGCAUAUUUAGUUAGCAGAACUCUAACUCCUCAAAGAAGUGGUGUGAUUUCACUUAGGUCAGUAAAAGUACACCCACUUUAAGGAACGAUUGAUUGAUUCUUUAAGGUUGUUGUUGGAGCCGAUUCCGUGUGUGGUCCAUUAUGGUGACAAAACCGCAAGCAUAUUUCAGUGGAACCCUUGAUGUAGGCGAUUAAUACUGUUAAGAUGUGGCUGGACAAAGUCGUUUAGGAAUGAGUCACGACUAAAGUAUAAGCCGGUAAACUCUGUAUAUUAUUGCAAGAAUGGCAUUUCGGACUGUAUCUGUUUACACUUAA